AUGACUUCCCUGCACCCAGUUCGUGUGAGUCUUUCGGUGUCGUGGCUCAGAUACCGCCAGUCUGCCAGACCCGGCCAGGCGAAAGACGAAGAGGCCUCCGCAGCGGCUGGGGCGGCUUCUUACUGGAGGGGCACACGGGUGCGACAAGAGGAGGAGUUAAACCUCCCGGCUCCCCAGAUUCAGAUCGGGGAGAAUGGCAGCAUGUCUAUCGAGUACGAUGGCUAUGACCUGGUGCAAGAAUGCCUGGAGUACUACGUGGACAAAAGCCUCGAGGCGCGGAACCAACGCCGGGUCUACGAGAAGGAGCUCCACGCGCUGAACCAGCGCGAUAGCUCCAGGUUGGAUCAACAUGAUCUCAGAGCUGUGAUGGUCUACUUGCUCAUGGAGAAUGCGGAUCGUUCCCUUCACAAAGACUUGGGCCUGUCCUUGCGAUGUUUGGCCCGAUUCUUUUGGCACUAUCCCGUGGUCAUCUUCCACACCAAUGGCAGCACCCAGGCAGAGCUUGCCUGGCUGAAAUCCUUGGCGCCACCACACAUGAAAGUCUCGUUCGAGGAGGUAGCCUUAGGCUUCCCUGCAGAGAUCUUGAACUUCCCAGGAGGGCCUGAUGCCUUCCUACAGCCACCCUUGUGCAUGCUGGAUGGCAAGCAUUGGUGGACGAGCCAUCGCACCUGUGGCUGUCGUUGUCCCGCUUGGCGGCCUCAAUGCUGGCCGGUCAACUGGAUGCAUGCAGCACACUUCUUUACUGCUGGUAUGUUCCGCACGAAGACCUUUCAAGAUGGAGGAUACGAUUACUUCUUCCGAGUCGACACGGACCUCUUCUUUGUGGCUGCACCGGUGGUUGACCCCUUCAAGCUCAUGGCCGAGACUGGCUGCGUGAUGGUCUACGACCACCUCUCCCGCGAAGCGCCCGGCUGCUUCGACGACUUCGACCGGCGAAGCGCCGAGUUUCUCGAGCAGAUGGAGUACACGGGUGAACCAGAUGUGGAUAUUCUUCUAGUAGGCAAAGGUCCUGCAGCUGCAGGUGGUCAGUGGACGAUCGGCGAUGCGCGCUUCUUCACCACACCCUUGUACCUGCAGUUUGCAGAGCACAUGGUGAGUGGCAUCUAUGCCCACCGCUGGUCCGAGCAGCUGAUCCUGCUGCGCAGUGCGGCACUUUUUGGCCCCCGAGCCAAGGUGUGGAAGCUCUCCGAGGAGAUGCCAGCCGUGUCGUUGUGUACCUCGCCGUUGUUUCCAGAAGAUGCUGGAGGCUCUGGUGCAAGCGCUGGACUGCUUCACUUGAAGGGCGGCUUCCGCCAAGAGCACUUGCUGAAGACCUGCGCAGCGGAGAUGGUCUUCAGAUAA